AUUGAUUCCAUAAUUUCGGAGACCAGAUGGAAUUGAAUUGAACAGAAUGGAUGAAAUGGACAGAUAUGGACGUGUAAAGACUGCGUCUGUUCGAAAGACCAAACAAUCUCUAUCUUAUCGACAUUCGGCUCCCUGAACAGCACCAGCCUUGAUCAAGGCCGUUGCUGGGACAACAUUUCCCCCAGAAGGUCACUGCUGGGAGACACUCUCCAUUCCUUCCUCAAUUUUCCACGGUCGCCGUUUUUCACCCCCAGUGUGACAAGCGGGGAAGGAACGCAUGUCUGACCCAUUGACAGCGAGGAAAAGAAGGCUGUCAGUGUGGAUACAUUCAUUCUGUUGCGCUCAUCAAUAAGGAUGUGAUUCAUGGCGCUAAAUCCACGUUCACACUCUGGAUAUUGUUAUUAUCUACAAUGUAUCUAAUUGCUGGGGACGUUCGUGAACAUCAAAGCUGCCACUUCAGGUCAUUUUGAAAGCUGACUACUUACAACAGCCCCUUACAACAUGACUACUGUGGGAGAAGAUACAAUAGAAAUAGCAGCUCUGGGGAGACCAUUUCAACUGGGAAUGCUGUAUGACUGCAGAAAAGAUGCAAUCGUACCAGGAAUCACGCUUUGGGAUCGAGAGCAGCUGCAGAACAAUACAGUUGCUCGUCCUCAUAUUAAUACAGAGUUCACAGUUACAACUUCAGACACAAUUCAAGAAAAGGCAGAGCACCUAAAAGUUGAUGGUGAACUGAAACUGAGUCUUAUGGGAGGCCUUGUCUCAGUAAGUGGUGCAGCCCGAUAUUUCAAUGACAAUAAAAAGUCAUUUAUACAAGAGAGGUUGACGCUGCACUACAGAACAAACACCAGGUUUGAGCAUCUGACUAUGAACCACCUAGCACAAGGAAGAAUGGAUCACCAUUAUGUAUUUGAUCAUGAUGUUGCAACACACGUGGUUACAGCAGUGCUAUACGGAGCGGAUGCCUACUUUGUCUUUGAUAGAGAGGUGAAUUUAUCUGAGCACAAAAACAGCAUCGAGGGAGAAGUAAAUAUUGCUGUUGAUAAACUGAAGAUGCUUUGUUCUGCAGGUUCACAGGUAGCACUAAACCUGAAUGACAAAGAGAAAGCUGCAGUGAAAAAACUGAAUUGUACAUUUUACGGCGAUUUCAUGUUGCCCUCUAAUCCAACAACUUUUGAAGAAGCUGUAAAGGUUUACACUGAUCUUCCAAAUAUGCUUGGACAGAAUGGAGAAUGUGCAGUUCCAGUGAAGGUGUGGCUUUAUCCUCUGGUCAAGCUGGACUCAAGAGCAGCCAAACUUCAAAAAAUGGUCACUAGAGAUCUUAUUCGAGCUAUGGAAUCAGUAAUCGAGGAUUUGAAUGUCACAGCGAUGAAAUGUGGUGACUUGUUGCAAGACAUAGUGGCAAAAUCAUUCAGCACAUUUCACAAUCAAUUUCAAGAUUUUCAUCAUUUUUGCAUUGAGUACAAGCGAGAUUUCAUGACAAAACUAGGGUUCCUCCUGCCAGAAAUCCGUGGUGGUCAAUCAGAUAUAAGUGCCGUGCAUGAACUUCUAGAAGCCCAUGAGAAAUCUCCUUUUAAUAGCAGGGAUCUUCAGCAGUGGAUUACAGUGAAGGAAAAACAAUCCAACCGAGUAAAAUUCCUGCUAACGCAGCUCCUUGACCUUGGAGCAGAAGUGAAUGAUGACACAGACAAAUAUUUGCUGGACCUGAAGGUGGACAAUAUAGUUUCUUAUGCUUUUACCUGUCUUCAGCACCCAGAUUGCCUCAUGACCAAACAAGACCUCUACCUGAACCCCUCAAAGAUGAAAAGGAUCGGUGAAAAUCCACUUCAUGUAGAUUUUCAGGAAAAAAUGUCAACCUCUGAUGAGUGCAGGUGCAUGAAGAAUAAUUUGAGAACUUUUAAGAACUUGAUCACCUCAAAUAAGAGCCAAUCCACCAAAUUUAUUGUUCAAAGUGUGCCUCCGAUGUCAGAGUAUCCAGGUUCCUGCAUUCUCGUGUAUGAAAAUGAAUGUAAUGAACCGAUCUGUUUUGUUCCUCCAUCAAAGCCAACAUGUCCAAACACCAAAGGUGUCACAGAUAACAGCAUAACAGUAAAGUUGAGCCCCUCAUGUUCUGCUACACUGGAGAGGAAAGUAUUGUACAAAACGAAAGAAGAAACAAACUGGAAAAUUUGCACUGUCCAUCAAGAUGAUGAAGUUACACUGACAGAUCUUCAGCAAGGCACUGCUUAUGAAAUAAAAUGCGGAGCAGUCGGGAAACUUGACUACACAGUCGAAAGUGAUGCAAUCACUGUUACAACUGAGCACACUGUGGUUGAAAAGGAGAGUGUAUUUCGAAAGAUGAACACAAAUGUACAGUUAGGGAAGAAGUACUUCAUUCUUUUAACCGGAGAAACAUUGAAGUCUGAUGAACACUUCGUAACUCGGCUCAAAAAUGAAGCAAACUGGCUGGAGAAGGUGGAAACAGUGAAUGCGUGUGAUUUCAUUCUGGCUUUCUGCCCUGUCGUUUCACAAGCUGGAACUGACAUUGAAGCAGCCGUGAAAAAGCUUCAUGAUACUUCAGCCACAAAACCUGCUGUUCUGGUGGUGCUCCAUCACACGUUUGAUCCAGACGAUGUUGCACCAGACAGCAGCAGAGCUGUAAACACAAAGAAUAUAAUCACCUUCGACUGUCUGUUCCAUGAAGAUCAUGGAUUACUGCAGUGCAAGAAAAAUGAUGACGUCUUUAAAUGCAUUGAAAUGCAGACAAAACCAUGGCCACGUGACCCAGGGGAAAGUCAGGCCAAUCAGAAGAUCCCUGAAUACGAACGUGCUUCUGAAAAACUUGACACAGCAAUUACACAAUUGGAAACAUUUGCAAAGGAAGAAGUUGAAAAUAAAAUGGAGUCACUUCGGAAGGCAGGAAAGAUGAACACAAAUGUACAGUUAGGGAAGAAGUACUUCAUUCUUUUAACUGGAAAGACAUUGAAGUCUGAUGUACACUUCGUAACUCGGCUCAAAAAUGAAGCAAACUGGCUGGAGAAGGUGGAAACAGUGAGUGCGUGUGAUUUCAUUCUGGCUUUCUGCCCUGCCGUUUCACAAGCUGGAACUGACAUUGAAGCAGCCGUGAAAAAGCUUCAUGAUACUUCAGCCACAAAACCUGCUGUUCUGGUGGUGCUCCAUCGUACGUUUGAUCCAGAGUAUGUCAUACCAGACAGCAGCAGAGCUGUAAACACAAAGAAUAUAAUCACCUUCGACUGUCUCUUCCAUGAAGAUCAGGGAUUACUGCAGUGCAAGAAAAAUGAUGACAUCUUUAAACACAUUAAAAUGCAGACAAAACCACCGAUGCAAAAAGCAGCCAUCAACUUCAAAGAAUGGGGCCGUAAAAUCAGGGGUAAUGAACAAGGACCUUCCUCUCAGAAGCAAAAAGGAUUAAUGUUCUUGAAAGGAUUAUCCAGAAGUGACAGUAGGAAUGAGCAAGGACCUUCCUCCCAGGUCACAAAUCAGCAAGAAGACAAGACAGAAAAGAUGCAGGCUCUGAAGACGAAUGAGAAUGACUUUUCUGAAGUCAGGUUGGUGGUGUUGGGGAAAAAGGACUCUGGGAAAAAUUCAGCAAAAAACACCAUCCUGGGCAAACAGGAGAGCAGCCAGGCUGCUGCAUCUACAGCUGCAUCUCAAUCCACCCAGCACAGUGAGAGCGCACAGGGGGAGGUGGCUGGGAGGAAGGUGACUGUAGUCGACACUCCUGACUGGUUCUUUUCUCGACUGUCUUGGAAGAAACUAAGAGAAGAUGUGGAACACUGUGUCCAACUGUCUCAGCCAGGACCUCAUGCCUUCCUCCUGGUCAUACCUGUAAAACAUUCAGAAGAAAAAGUAGUUGAUAUCAAAGAGGAAUUGAAUGUGAUGGAAGAGAUUUUUGGAGAGCCCUGUUUCAGACACACCAUGAUACUUUUCACUAUUACUGAUGAAAGUCAGAAGAGUGAGAAAUCAAUCCAAUCAGGAGACCAGAGAUUUGUAGAGAAAUAUGGGAAAAGGUUUCACUUUCUUAACAUUCAGGAUAGUGGAGAUGGUUCUCAGGUCUUCGAGCUGCUUGAGAAGAUAAAGAAAAUGGUGGAUGGAAGUAGCGAGAAAUUCUACAGCAAUGAGAUUUAUCUGAAGACUCUAGUUUGGAUGAGAAAGAUUAAGAUGAGUGAGAUGCUAGAGAACCUUGAUGAUCCAGCAACUGAAGUGAUGACAAACAUGAAAGAAGAGAAGUUAAAUAUGGAGGCAGAGAGAAACAACAUGAAGACUUCCUUGCAUGAACUCUGGAGAAGUGUUUUGAGUUCUCGUAUGCAAGAAGAGAUUGAACAAAAGGACAGACAGAGGAAAAUGAAAAGACAGCUUGAGGAAAAGGACAGUCACCUUGAGGAGAAGGACAGUCAGCUUGAGGAGAAGGACAGUCAGCUUGAGGAGAAGUAAGGUAUUAGGCAGAGACCCGUCCACCCGUAAAUUUGACGGGCGAUUGCCGAUUUCAACGGGCAAGUAUACACACAGACGGAUACUGAAACGGACGAUAAUGCCGAAAAUUUUCGCACAUGAAUACUCCCACAUGUCAUCCGAUAAAUCCAGUUAUGUUCCGCCCACACACGGACUGGCCAUCGG